UGGAGAUACAGCACUAUUCAGCAAUCGUGUUUCAAGCUACAGUUAAUACAGAAAAAGAAGAGAAGUUGGGCGAGGUAGCUGCAUAUGUUGAAGGACCUAACCAGCAGAUUGGUGUCUUUUGCAAGAUUGACAUCAUGGCAGAUCCAAAAACUGAUGACCAAUUACAUUUCACUGAUAUCAAAAAAUAUUUCAACUCUUAUACUCUCACAGGUAGAAUGAAUUCCGUACUGGCCACAUAUGGAGGCAUUGCUUUGAUGGUCUUAUACUUCAAGUUAAGGUCUAAAACAACACCAGCUUUGAAAGCAACAUAAAUGGAUUUUAAACUGUACCUCAUCUGUUAAGUUCCCAAGCCCAGAGAAGCUAAUGUCAAUUCAUCAUCUGGUAUUCAAUUUGUACAAUACAUUAUGAACCUGGAAAAAAGAAAAGAAGAAAAAAGAAGUCAGCUAGCUCUGUGUGCCACACGCCCUCUGCUUCCAUUGUCCUGGUCUCUCCAACACUCAGCUUUUCUUUCCUUCUCUCCUUCUCUUCUCUCCACUUAUCCAAAUAACAUUCACCCUGUUAAAGUAUUACCUCCUCUUAUACAUAUUGCAGCCAUAUUAAAGAAU